AUGUCUCCAGCCCAUCAACGUCUUGUGCGCACAUCUUACGCAAUUCAGUCGAGAUCAACCGGGAUUCCCGCGUCCACCUUGUGGCGGCGAGCCAAUAACAGGCCAUCGGUCGCUGAUAAAGCCGCCAAUCAGCAGUAUCUCACCCCGCAAGAAGAGCAAGCCCUGGUUGAAUAUGUGUUGCGGUUGGCAGACAACGGCUAUCCUCUUCCAGUUAAGUUUCUACGAUCGCUCGCUCUGAUUAUCGUGCGCCAACGGUCGUCGAAUUUCCAGAUUACCGACCCUAGCCUCAAGGUCCGACUUCCGGGAAAGAAUUGGCCGCAGGGCUUCUAUCGACGACACCCGCAGUUGAAAGCGCGACGGCUUCGAGCGAUCGAUUGGAAGCGAGAUGGCCGGCACAUCGAAGACAAAGUCCGACACUGGUUUGACAUCAUUGGCCGAGAGCUGGCCGAUCCGGCCAUUCUCCUGGAGAACGUGUAUAACAUGGACGAGACGGGAGUUCUUCUCAGUGCUCUCAACUCCCUCAAGGUGCUCGUCGGCAGAGACGAUUUGAGAAAGCAUCGAGGGACCACGGUGAAGCGGACGCUGGUCACGGCGAUUGAAUGCAUUUCCGCCGAUGGUCGGUUCCUGCAUCCUCUCAUUAUCUGGCCAGCCGCUACCCAUCGCAGUUCGUGGACAACCCACCCCACCCCCGGAUGGCAUUUUGCCUGCACCAAAACAGGCUAUACGAACACAGAAAUCAGUCUGUACUGGGUGGAACAUGUGUUCGACCCGCAGACUCGAGACCGAGCGGGCGGUCGGCCGCGACUCUUAAUCUGCGACGGUUUCGGCACCCAUGAGUCCCUGGAAGUCAUGAAAUUCUGCUUUGCGAACCGCAUUAUCCUGUGUCGUCUCCCUUCUCAUACGUCUCACAAACUGCAGCCGUGCGAUGUGGGUGUUUUUAGUCCUCUGAAAACAGCAUACCGGGCACAGGUUGAGCAGGCAUGUCGAGGUGGAGUGAGUACUAUUGGCAAGCCACACUUCACGUAUCUUUAUGAUCGUGCCCGAAAAGUGGCAUUUACACCCCGCAAUAUACGGUCGGCCUGGUCCAGAAGUGGCCUCUUUCCAUUCGAUCCGUCUCGCGUCCUUCGAGAGUGCCAAGCGUCCCGGUCGGAGAUACAGACCACGAUCCCAGUGGAGCCUCCGACCGUGUCCUCUAAUAUCUGUCACACUCCGAACACCUCUGAUCAUUUGGCCUUGCUUCGCAGCGAGGUCGAGCAGGACACGCAGAAUCUAGACGGUGUGCGCAAACGUCGUCUGCAGACCAUGAGCCGCGCGACCGAAAAGGUCUUUGCAGAGCGCGCCUUGUUGCUGGAGGAGAACCGGAUCCUAUUUGAGCAGAACAAUGAAAAGACCUGUCGACAAUCCAGCGGCUUGACGGUCGUAGGACAUGCAAAAGUCAUGAGCUAUGAGGAUAUCGUUGAGGCGCAGAAGAAACGCGACAUGACGGUGACAGAACAAUCCACGCGGAAAAAGAGGUCGACAGCUGGGGGCAAGCUGCUUUCGAAAUCGGAGGAGAAGCGCAAGGGGGAGCAUGAAAUUCAAGCAUGGGAUAUGAGUGAUUAUUGCUUAGUGCUAGAUUUAUAG